AUGGCAAAAUCCUUUCAUUUGUUUAUGCUGAUACUGCUGCUACAUGUUCUUGAAUAUGGAUUGGCCAACAAGUUUUCUUCUUUGAGCCAUGCUGAUGAGUGCACUCUGUUAUUCCAAUUCAAAGAGAACAUGCCAAUUAACAAGUACGCAUCUGUUGACUCUGAUGCUUAUCUAAAGGUUGCUUCAUGGAACUUCAACACAUCAGAUGGUGCGAUAAAUGGUUGCUUAUGGGACGGGGUUGAGUGCAGGUUUGGUCAUGUGAUCGGGCUUGACUUGAGCAGCAGCUUUCUUUAUGGCCCCAUAGAUUCCAACAAUAGUUUGUUCAGCCUCGUUCACCUUCGUACACUAAACCUUGCAGAUAACCAUUUCCGUUUCUCUCAAAUUCCAUCUGGAAUAGGACGACUUUCACAGUUAGCAAAUCUGAAUCUGUCAUAUUCUGCCUUCAAUGGGGAGGUCCCAAAACAAAUCUCACAGCUCGGGAAUUUGGUUUCCUUGGAUCUCACAAGAAAUUGGGAUGGAUUAAAGCUGCAUAGUUCUGACUUCCAAGUUCUAGUUCAAAAGUCAAGCAAGACUUUAAGAGAAUUGCAUCUCUCAGAGGUGAAGAUUGAUUCUACAAUACCAGCUUCAAUCGGGAAUCUCGCACACUUGAACAUCUUGGAUCUAAGUAGCUGCGGUUUCACAGGGACUCUACCUGCAUCUCUAAACAACCUGACACAGCUUACAGUUCUGGAUCUUUCUGGCAACAAGUUUUCGGGACCUAUUCAACCCUCAAUCGGGAAUCUCACACACUUGAAGAUGUUGGAUUUAAGUAGAUGCGUUUCCACAGGUAGCCUUCCCUCUUUAGAAAGCUUUUCAAACCUCACAUAUUUGUCCCUCUCCGAAAAUAUUUUUGAUAGAUGGAAGCUGCCUGAUUGGUUUGGUAAGCUAAACAAGAUCACUUAUUUGAAUCUUGAUGACGUCAACCUGUAUGGUUAA